CUUGCUCUAUUAUUAUUACCUUUUUUGCCAAACCGAGUAUUGAAACAGCCAAAGUGAAGCUCAGAGUGUCGCUCUGUCCUUAGUAUAAAUAAGAGGUAGUCUCUAACGUUUAGAGUAGUGCGUAUCCGUCAAGGAGUCAGUUGGAACAUGGUGACUCGAAUUAAGUUAACGGGCGGAACUCCCAUUACUCUCGAGCAAGCUAUUGAUCUGCGUCAGACGGUCUUUGGGUCAGCAGCAGCUCCUCCACGAGGAGAAUGGACAAGAACGGGUCUCAUAUUUGGUCAACCGAAUCAGGAAUUGCCAUAUGGUUUACGAUGCCCAAGAAAUGCAACACGAGGACUUCAGUCAGUUCUACAAGCUUUCAUCAUAAAAUACUUCCUUUUUGACAGUAGAGCACGAGAAAAAUCUCUCCCACUGGACGUUCUCUUGAAACCGACCGAAGCUCAGCAGCAUGAAGCACUUUGGCGGUCUAUUUCAUCCAUUCUUUGGAUGAUUGGUGAAAAAUCGUUGGUAACCGUGGUUCUACCAGGAGAAAUACCACAUAUCCCCCACAGUCACACGUACUUUCAGGAUUCAGUUACAGAAAAAUUGUACCUCUUUGAGUUCACCAAUUUGGAAGAUUUGCAAAUAUUUAUCAAACGGUUUUUAUUUUUCUUUGUUGAAGAUCCAGGACCAGGCGCCUUGGUGUUUCUGUACAGUGCUGUUAUCACCAGAUCAACAGCCAAAAUCAAGACAGAUUUGGAUGCACCAAAAGGUGCUCAUUUAAUGGGACCGCAUGAAGAGGGAUCACUUAAUGUUGUUACUCUACUCUUAACCGGAAGAGCUACGCCAUAUUUACACAAUGGUGUUGUUUAUGUCGGCGAUGAGGACCACUAUGCCCUUCCACAAUUUGGAAUCCUGCAGAGAUCUAGCAUCGGUCUAAUUGUCUGGGAGGGUGAUAAUGAGGCUGUUCAGGCAUCAUCUCGCCAGCCAGGAUCUCGACUUAAGACACCGGCUAUCCCUAUUUGGGUUACCAGCUGCUGCGGUCACUAUGGCGUUGUCUUCAAUUCCAAUCGGGAGCUUUUGAGGAAUUACCACGCUGAGAAACGGUUUGAAUUGCACUAUUACACCUGUGCUGGAUGCCACCUCUCUAUGACAGUGGACACAAGGACCCAUGAGGAUCCAGAAGCUAUGCUACAGAGGCAGAAUAGUAGUGCAGGGAGUGGAAACAACAGCGGAAAUAGCAACAAUACUCAGGAUAUUGUCGCUACUCCACUUGAAAGAUUGAUCCAUACAAAGUGGAUGGACGCGAAAAUUACUUUCCACGGUCCAGCCCCACCCUCACUCAACUACUAGUACAUGGGAUAAAUCCUACCUACAGCAUCUGAUAACAAAAAUUCCUGUAACAGUACUGUAAAUCUAGAAUAAAAUUAUCCCAUUCACAA